UUCGUCCGUUCCAUAAUGGACGGUCCGGAUCUGUUGGAGGCGAGCUCAGCUAAGCCCUGCGGCGCCGAACCCCUCUUGAUGCCGAGCUUCCUCGUCCUCAGCGUCGCGCCACGGCCCCUGCCCGCCGCUCUCCGCCUUCUCCGCCGCCGAAUGGCCUCCUCCGAGCCGACCCGCGCCUUCCAGCUCCGCCUCAACCCGCUCACCGGAGACUCCGAGUGGCUCGUCGUCGACGAGGCGGAAGGGGAGGGCGAGGCGCCGCCCGCGCCAGGGCAGCAGCACCUCCUCGCCGCCACCUCUUACCUCGACAUGCUCAACGACGCCUCCCGCAACCGCGCGUACCGCCGCGCCGUCGACGCCACGGUCACCGACCCCGCCUCCCGCGUCCUCGACAUCGGAGCUGGGACUGGGUUGCUGUCGAUGAUGGCUGCACGGGCUUUGGCAACUGUUGGAGGUGAAGGUAUAGGAAGCGUGUCAGCAUGUGAAUCCUACCUUCCAAUGGGCAAGUUGAUGCGGAGGGUACUGAGAGCCAAUGGGAUGGUAAAUAAGGUGAAAGUAUUUCACAAGCGUUCAGAUGAGCUCAAAGUUGGAGCUGAGCUUGAUUCUCCAGCUGAUAUACUGGUCAGUGAAAUUCUUGAUUCUGAGUUGUUGGGCGAGGGUCUGAUACCUACUCUACAGCAUGCACAUGACAUGCUAUUGGUGAAAAAACCAAAGACAGUUCCAUUUCGAGCCACUACGUAUGGGCAGUUAGUCGAGAGCACAUUUUUGUGGAAGAUGCAUGAUCUACACAACAAUGAAGCAAAUGCUGCAGAUGGUGUGUGGCUUACUCCUGGUGGGAUGGAAAGGAUUCUUUCUGUGAAGCUACAACAGCAUGCGAUGCAAUGUGAUGCGCUGGCAGAUGAAAUACGAUUGCUGUCAGAACCCUUCAAAGUCUUUGAAUUUGACUUUUGGAAACGGCCAGAUAGUCAUCGUGAAACAAAAAUCAAGAUAAAAGCAACUGCUGAUGGAUGUGCUCAUGCUAUCAUUUCAUGGUGGGUGCUUCAACUGGAUUCUUCUGGGUCAGUCUUUUACUCAACUGCUCCUAGGUGGGUGAGACAAUCGAGUAGUGUGGAUCUACCAUUAUGUGCCGAUGGCAUGAAGGAUUGGUGUGAUCAUUGGAAGCAGUGUGUUUGGUUUAUACAUGGGACAGGGACUCCUUCUACGAAAAAUCAAAAUCUUUCUUUGAGAGCUAUCCAUAACCAAACUAGCAUCUCAUAUCAGAUGAAUAUCAAUGAGGAAGGAUGCGGUAGAAGCCCAAAAAGUGACCAUCUAACAUUGUCGCCGGAAAGGAUAGCACUUUAUGGUGAUAAAGGUUGGAGAUCAGCUUUGAUAAGUGUCAUUAGAAAUGCUAUGAGUGUAAGAUCUUCUCCAACCUGUAUUGUGGCCGAUGACAGCGUGUUCCUAGCUCUCUUAGUUUCUUCUCUGUUACCAUCUUCAAAAGUGAUUACAAUGUUUCCUGGUCUAAGGGACAAGGGUGCCAACUAUAUUCGAGCUGUAGCAGAUGCAAAUAAUUUAUCCAUGGACCGGAUUGAAGUGAUUGGUAAAAGAGCCUCAUCUCUUACUAUGGAUGACUUCAAACAUAAAAAGGUUAAUCUAAUAGUGGGGGAACCUUUUUACUAUGGAAGUGAAGGAAUGCUGCCGUGGCAAAAUUUGCGUUUCUGGAGUGAAAGAACUCUGUUUGACCCAUUGCUAUCUGAGGAUGCAUUUAUCAUGCCUUGUAAGGGAAUAUUAAGAUUCUGCGCCAUGUCACUUCCGGACUUGUGGAGGAGCCGUUGCAGCCUUAAAGAUGUUGAGGGAUUUGAUCACUUAGUUGUUAAUGAUACUUUAGGAGCCUGUGGUGAUCUGCCUGGAGAGCAGCAAGGACCUUGCCUACCUUAUUAUGUAUGGCAAUGUGGUUAUACCAAGAAAUUAAGUAAAGUGUACUCUCUCAUGGACUUCAACUUUUCGGAGCCUAUUCACUCUUGUUUUGGCGAAACGAAGGUCGAGUUUGCCCAUGAUGGAAUAUGCCAUGGUUUCGCAGUUUGGAUUGACUGGGUACUUGAUGAGAAAAAAUCCGUUGUGAUAGCCGCUGGACCAGAGAGCAGAUACUGGAAGCAAGGGGUGCAGCUGCUUAGCAAGCCUGUACAAGUGAAUCCAGGCAACUCGGUGAUGCAUGUUGAGGCGUACUUGGAUCCUGGCACGGGGGAGCUCACGUUUAAAUGCACGCUCUCGUGAUGGACGUGAUGUGGUGCAACUUGUCAUGCGUAGAAAUUGUUUAUUGACCACCUGAUGGAGCGCAAUGACAGGAGUGCAUGUUUUAGCAGGUCAGGGAUCAACGUCGUCACUGUUCGACCAUGACAACUCAGAGUUUAUGGUUUAUGACAACUUGUCUUGCCAUCGUGUGUGUGUGUAUGAGAGAGAGGGAAGCAUGGAUGCUAAAGUGUUGGUACCUGAACCUGAAAUCUUGAGAUUCAUUUUUAUUCAUAUAUGCAAUGCAUUUCUUUUUCAAAUAAGGCUUUAGUAUCACUAACAUUUUCUUUCUCUCUCACAUGAUGGUAACAAAGAAAAUGUAUUAUGCAAUUAUAUAUUAUAUUGAUAUACAAGCCCUGUGAUUGAUGAAA